GCUCGGGGAAGUUGCUGAAGUUGGAGGGAGCGAGGGCUGAGCCUGGCAAGGGCUUGCUUGGGCGGCCGGGCCUCGCUGGGUGUCUUCGGGGGUUCUCCUUUCGGCUCGGGCGGUGCAUGAUGGAAGCAGCAUGGCCACUCAUUUUUCCCUGACCCAGCUGUCAAGUGCAAAUCCAGUAUAUGAAAAAUAUUAUCAUCAGGUUGAUCCUAGUAAUUCUGGAAGAGUGUUGGCUUCUGAUGCAGCUGUCUUUUUGAAAAAAUCAGGACUAGCAGAUUUGAUACUUGGGAAGGUUUGGGAUCUUGCUGAUACAGAUGGCAAAGGUAUCUUAAACAAACAGGAAUUUUUUGUGGCUUUAAGACUUGUAGCCUGUGCACAGAAUGGAUUGGAUGUUUCGCUGAGUAGUCUUAACCUGCCUGUUCCUCCACCUAGAUUUAAUGAUUCCACAAGUCCAUUAUUAUGUGGGGGAGCUCCACCUGAUAUCCCUUGGGCUGUUAAGAUAGAAGACAAGGCCAAGUAUGAUGCCAUUUUUGACAGCCUGAAUCCAGUUAAUGGAUUAUUGUCCGGUGAUAAAGUGAAACCUGUUCUCUUAAACUCCAAACUACCAGUUGAUGUCUUGGGAAGGGUUUGGGAGUUAAGUGAUAUUGAUCACGAUGGAAUGUUGGAUCGGGAUGAAUUUGCUGUUGCCAUGUUCUUGGUAUACUGCGCUCUUGAGAAGGAACCUGUGCCAAUGUCCUUACCUCCAGCGUUGGUGCCACCAUCUAAAAGAAAAGGUAUCAGCAUUCCAGGUGUUGGGCAGUCAGUGCCACCUUCAACACCCAACAAAGAGGGUAAUCAGUCCAUGUUACCUGUCAGCCUGUUACCAUCCACAUCAUCAGUAACACAGUGGGUUGUAUCACCUGCAGACAGGAUAAAAUAUCAUGAAAUCUUCCUGAAAACAGACAUGGACAUGGAUGGCUUUGUCUCUGGGGUGGAAGCUAGAGAAUUAUUCUUGAAAACUGGUUUGCCUUCAGCUCUACUUGCACACAUCUGGGCUCUUUGUGACACAAAGGAUUGUGGGAAGCUUUCCAAGGAACAAUUUGCUUUGGCCUUCCAUUUAAUCAAUCAGAAGCUGACAAAGGGCAUUGAUCCUCCUCAGGUGCUAACUACAGACAUGAUUCCUCCAUCAGAGAGAACUGCUUCACAAAAUAAUUUACCACGGCCAAAUUCUAUAGCAGAUUUUUCCGCAAUCAAAGAGUUAGAUUCCUUAAGCAAUGAAAUAAUUGACCUUCAAAGGGAAAAGAACAAUGUGGAGCAAGACCUGAAGGAAAAAGGAGAGACAAUCAACCAGAGGGCAAACGAGGUCCAGGAUCUUCAAGAUGAAGUAAGGAGGGAGAGCAAUAACUUGCAGAACCUUUUGACUCAGAAGCAGGAGGCAGAAGAAAUCCUGAAUGGGCUAGAUGAGGAGAAAGCCAAGUUGGAAGAGCAGCUUAGUAUGAUACGGCAGAAAUGUACAGAAGAAGUUGAUCUAAUUACAUCUCUCAAAAAAGAAAUAGGAGAGCAGGAAUCCAAAAUCUCUGGGUAUAAGGAUGAUUUGAGUAAAGCCCAAGAAGAGCUCGGCAGGCUACAGAAAGAAGCUUCAGAGUUAGAGAAAAAUGUGGAGGAAGGAAAAUUGCAAUUAGAACCUAUUCAGCAGGAUCUUCAAGACUCCCAACAAGAAAUUACUUCAGUGCAAGAAAAAUUGCUGGAGCUCAAAGAUUUGGAAAACAGCCAGUUUAACUGGGAAGUUCAGCCACAUGGCAUAUUAAUUAAUGGGAAUGCUGAUCACUCUAGCCUCAGCAACAGCAGCAGUGAAACUGUUAACCUAAAUGAGAAUGCAGAAAGAGAAAAUUCAGCAGAUUCUGAACAAGUAAAUUAUGUGAGUGGUGCUAGAAAAAGUCCUGAAGCGACACAUGAAGAUACAGAAGAGGAAAAAGAGGAACUGCCAUCGGAUGUUACCAAAAAAGAAGAUCUAGUAAAUGAAGAUUCUCAUCAACUCCCUGAUCAGACAACAGAAGCCAACUUGGACUUUUUUGAGUCUGAUCCCUUCGUUGGUAAUGAUCCUUUCAAGGAUGAUCCAUUUGGCAAGAUAGAUCCUUUUGGUAGUGAUCCAUUUAAAGGUUCAGAUCCUUUUGCUGCUGAUAACUUUUUUAAGCAGUCAUCCUCAGAUCCCUUUGGGAAUAUCGAUCCCUUCAGUGCAACCAGCAACAACAAUUCCACAACAGAAACACUGAAACAAAAUGAUCCUUUUGCUCCUGGUGGAACUGCUGUGACUGCAUCAAGUGAUCCAGCUACAGAUCCCUUUGCAUCUUUGUUUGGAAACGAAUCAUUUAGCUGUGACUUUGCUGAUUUCAGCACUUUGUCAAAGACGAACAAUGAGGAUCCUUUUAGUUCAUCUGCAACAAGUACCAUUAACAAUAUAAUUAUAACAAAAAAUUUGUUUGAGGAACCUCCAGUCAAAAAUGAAGAUAUUCCUCCUGCUUUGCCUCCUAAAACUGGAACACCUACCAGACCUUGUCCUCCCCCACCUGGAAAAAGGCCUGUCCACAAAUUGGAGUCUUCAGAAUCUUUUAAAUUGAAUGAUCCUUUCCAUCCUUUCCCAAGUUCCGAUGGUUGCAAAGGGCAGGAAGCUGACCCAUUUGCUCCUAGUGGAGUGGGCAAAGAGAUGGAUUCCAGUAAUUUUGCUAAUUUCAAUACUUAUCCUACUGAAGAAGAUAUGAUUGAAUGGGCAAAAAGAGAAAGUGAGAGAGAGGAGAAAGAGCGACUAGCAAGAUUGAAGCAGCAAGAGCAAGAAGAUUUAGAACUAGCAAUUGCACUCAGUAAAUCUGAAAUAGCAGAAGCGUGAAGUGUUGCUUCAAAUAUUUCUCCUUUUCCCUGGAUAUCUAAGCUAUACGUAAAGUAAAUCAAGUUACAUAUGAAUGGGAAAGUCAAAAGGCUUUAAAUCCUGCAAAUGUGAUUUUUUUGAGCAACUAUCUUAUUUGUAACUUUUUCAUAUCCAUUAUUUUCAUUUGGUAAUUGUUUAAUAUAGCAAUUUUCCAUUUGUACUUACCUUGGAAUUCUUCUGUACUGUACACUAUUACACCAAAGUAGCUUAUUUUAACAUCAAAAAAAGAAAACCCUGACAACUCUACAUAUUAAAAAUUAGAACACCAAUGCACAACAAUAUAUUGUGGACGAUUUCAAAGGACAAAUACGUUUCAUGCAAAGUACUUUUUUCUAUGUGUAAUAUAUUCUUUGCAGUGUGAAAAUCUUUAAAAAUGCAGGUGUGAGUAACUGUGUGAAGUGAACACAUUUGUCCUUUAAAGAUAGCUAGGUCACAUAUAAGAGAUUUAUGUGCUAAAAUAUUCUUAGAUGGCAUGUUUUAUGUCUUUUCAGAAGGGUCCUAUUUGCAAUUCCUAUAAUACUGAAUUAUUUUAGUUCUUCCAGGUGGCCUGCAUUUGGCCUGUAAGUAAAACUGGUGAUAUAGUUAAUCAAAUUAUAGUUAUUUAAAAAGAAAAAUCUAGCUUGCAAAUAUUCAGGUAAUUAAAAAUUCUGAUAAUCCUGCUUUGUAUUGAAAUAUUCAUGUCUGGCAAUACAGUAUUAAAAUUUAUAUUUUAUGUUUUACAGAUACAGCAUUUCAUAUUUAAUAUAUGAAAUGCUUUAUGCUUCUUGUUUUUUUUUUACUGGAAGCUCCAAUAGUGGACUGGAUAUCUAAUAGAAAGUAUAUUUUUCCCCUCCAUUAACUGCCUUUUUACCUGUCCAUUAAAAAUCUAAAAAAACUUAGAAGUUUUCCAGGGAGAUCAUAAAAUUAGACUGGCCAAAUUCACUGUCAGGAAUUCUGAUGCUAAUUGAGCCAGCUUCUUUUGUGAAAUACACAAAAAAAUGGCGAUUUGACAGCUGAAUAUGAAAUAAGGUAGGAAGGAGACUGCACAAAAAAACAACUUACAACAGUCAGUUACUGUUGUAUAUAAUUUAUUGAAUGCCAACUGAUGGUUGCACCUUAAAUUAAAUACCCUUAUGUGGUCACCGAGUCAAAAUAAGAUUGAAUGUUAAAGAAAAUAAGUUAUUUCCUAUUCUGUAUAAUAUGUUACAUAGUGCAGAGUGUUGAAUUCAUUCCAGUUAUCUUCCUUUUUACUCUGAAAUGCUUAGUUAGGCUGCAGGCCUACAAAAUAGGUGGUCCUGUGUCAUCACCACCCCACCCCAAUGCAUGAUAUGGUAUUUAUGAUUGAAUUGGAUUUUUUUUCUUCUGCUGCAAAGGAUUCCAUAAUUGCCACUGUCAGGAUAAGGUAUUUCCAUUUACCUGUGGAUGCUGCUGUCAAGAAUCUUUUGAAGAAAGUAGUGUUUCCUCAUUUUUUAAAUAUUAGUUUGGAUAAACUUUCUCUUUUGCACUGAGAAAUGAGAAUUUAAACACCUAAUAAACAAAAUAAAACCUCUUGCCAAGUAUUAAUAACCUUAAUUUUCUCAUGGACUUUCAUGGCAUUAAUCAUACAAAUUGUGUGGUUAACUGCAUUUCUUAUUUUUAAAUGUUUACUUGGUGGACCAAUACAUUAUCUGUGUCACCCAUAUUCAUAUAUACAUGUACGUGUAUAUGUACACAAACAUUAAUUCAUUCAGGCAUAGGAUUAAAAGUUCUGAGUCACCUGAUGUGACAUUUUAUGUUACUGAUAGAUCACAGAACUUUUACUCAAAGUAUCUCAAUAAACCACUGCUAUGUCAGCUUUGAUGGCAUUACUACUAAAGUUCUAAAAGGCUUGUAAGAACUUUUUCAGGUGGGGUUAACCUCUAUUUAUAGACUUUGUUUAAAAAUUCUAAAUACAGCCUGUAAUUAUGAAUUAAACUGUUUAAGUAU